AUGAACAGGACUGGCCGUCGAUAUAUUGGCCACUUUGAUGUUCCGUUGAAGAAUCGUGUAGCCUCACUGUGUCAGCGCACAUCACAUGCUCUUUCUGACGAUACUGGUGUGCUUUCGAGUGGAUGGGUCAAUGGUGAUGACUAUGAAGAGAUGCAGGAACCAUUUGGGAUACUGCCUUUUGAUGACGACACACUGAAGCACAGCGGGAUGCUUCCAUUCAGCAGCAUGUUCGUGAAGGAGAACGAUAUUCGUUAUGUCCACCUCAGUCAGAUGCAGGUCACACGAUUCGCAGUGCUUCCCGUGCACUCUUGUGAAGAGCGGGCCUUGUUUCAAGCCUAUGCAGAAUCAUCUCCGAUGUUUGCUGGUCCACAGCAGCCUGAUUUUGUUGCACUCGCUUCACUCAUGAAUGGACAUGCUGAUGGGACUCAUAUAUUCUAUAAGCUUCCAGAACACAUCAAGACACACUACAAGACAUGGCUCGACUACAGCAAUAAGAAGUCGUCCGUCACCCUAAGUGCAGAUGCGACACGAAGAAUACGGACCUUACUUGAAUUCCAAGUUGGAUCUCCACAAUCAGUCCCCACUGCUCUCCCGCAGCAACUUGCUGACACCAUAAAUGCUCCCACAAAUCCUUCGCAGACUUCUGAGAAUCCUUGGCAACUUGAGAAGCUGCUUGCAGACCAUCGCCUGGCACAAUCUGCGCUCCAGUACAGCUAUGGGGAUCGCAGGGAUGAAGUACAGGCAAUGAGUCAUGCAGCAUCAGCGAGGAGAGUCCCAGAGGCAAGCAGAUCAGAAAAAUGCGCUGCUCCAACAGUGGGUGAUGACGGCCAUGGACCAUCACGAAAGAAGAACAAACCACGAACUUGCAUGCAUUGUAAGAGCACAGAGUGCAAGGGCAGAUGGGCAGUGAAAAAUUGUGCUGUGAAGAUGCACGAGAUCCAGCAACGCGCUGAAACACAGAGUCGACGCAACACAACAGCAGCAGCAUCUGUAGUGAGUGGCUCGAAUGUCAUGUUGGAUGCAGACACUGCAGUUUCUGAGUCGUGUGGACAAGUUUGA